AUGGCGUCGCCACCGUCCUUGGCCGACGAAAGCGCGGACAAGACGGCACGUGUCAAGUACACCCGCCACCAGUUGGACAGACUGGAGGAAGAGUUCAACGACCACCAGUUCAUCGACUCCCAGGAGACGCUGAGACUCUCCGCCGAACUGGGCAUCUCCGCCAAGCAGAUCAGGACGUGGUUUCAGAACAAGCGCGCCAUGCUGCGGCGACUGGCGAUCAGGGCGGCCGGCAGCAACUACGUUCCCCAGUUACAGCGGCCAGCAGCGCAAUCCAAGGCGCGCACGCCACCGGCUUCUCCACGAGGCGCGGGUGACAGCCGCCCGUCGCAGCCCGCCCCUGUUGCGUCGGCGUUCUCAGUCGACAAUCCCGGAGCCCAAGCGCAGUGCACCGCAGGAACCGACUUUCAACCGCAGCAGAGGGUGCCGCCGCACGGAUCUUUUCCCGCAGGCGGCGGCUACCUCACGGUUCCGCAGCCACGAUGGAACGACAGAAUGUCUCCCACAGUACCGUCGUCACCUUCUCCCGCUGUGAGCAGUGGCGACGAGGAAGCCCUGUCCGCGUCCGUGGAACUUAGGCCUAACGUGGCGGCAACCUCGUGCCGACCGUACGGCAGCGUCGAGUCAAUUUGGCCUGAUAGUCCUCCGCCUCCGCUGACCUCGUCGUUCAGCCAUUCGGCGCCGUGCAUUACGGCUGGGAGGAGCCCUACGGGACACGACUGCAUCCGGUACCGUCAAGCGCCUUACAGUACCGCCGCUGCGCCACCAAUGUGGCAAGCGCAACCGCAGUGGCAGCAGGUGGUACAAUCUACCCAGGGACCGCCACCAGCGGUGCACAAAGUCCCGGAGGGAGUGUGGACACAGCCCGAACCAGCAGCCGCAACUGGUCACGUGCUUCAGGGUACCUGGGCGCCGUCGCCGUGGCAACCGACUCAAGCCGGUGCCAGUGCGCCCCCUGCCGAGGACUCUCACACCGUACCCGACAUCGGAAGUCUGACGGCGCUCGUGCUGGAGAUGGAAGCUACCGCCAUUUCAGGGAAGAACGGCGGUGCCGGCAACAGCUGA